GAUGCAAUGUAACAACUAACAUGCUCUCUCAUCAAACAAAAACGACGAAAAAGACAAUAAUUAAGAGGCGUUGCCAAUUUUGCCCUCGCCAGAAACCGAAAUGACAUGGCAUCCACUGAUGAUGAUCUGAUCUGUGUGCCGAAGCCGCCAUUGACGACGAAUCAGUCAUCAGCGAAUCUAAACUGAGAGUGGAGUGGUGGAGCUGGGUCAACAGUGAAACGCAUAGAAUCACCGUCACCAUCACCAUAUUCGUUUUCUGAAAGAAGAAAAAGAUGAGGUCUUCUUCGGAGACCAUCAACAUCGCUGCGAUUACACAGAAACUUGAUGUUGAUAAUCGAAUUGCUCUCCGUUUCUACUUCAGGAUCGCCGAUAAUAUCCUCAAACAGGCUGAUAUCUUUCGUGCAGAGAAAAAUUUUGUUGAUCUAUAUAUCAUGCUCCUAAGAUUUUCUAGUUUGGUCUCUGAGACAAUACCAGGUCACCGAGAUUAUAGAACUUCUCCACGAAACAAGAAAGAAGCUUUGAGAAAGAAAUUGUUAAAUUCUGUGAAUGAGCUGGAGAAGUUGAAACCACUGGUACAACAGAAGAUCAAUGAGUUUAACAGCAGGCGAGCAUUUCAACGCAAUGGGUGGGAAAAAUGUCAUUCAAAUAAUUUGAUGGACUUUUCUCCAGUGAAAAAGCAAACUUUUGUUAGUUAUAAUCAAAUAAAGGCUGUUAGACCAACCACUGGAGGGUUUCUCUACCAAGGAUCAAGGGGCCCGCAGUUUUCUUGUGGAAGGCCUGUGGAAGAGAAUAUGAGGAGACUAUCUCUAACUCUCCCACGCCCAAAGGAGGAAACUCUCUCCAGACAUUCUAUUUUAGGUCCCAAUGGGCUCAAAGGGCAGUGGCAACCGCCUUCAAGUGUUAAAGGGGUCAGCUAUCCAACCAUCGCAGAUUUGUCUCCAGUUGAAAUUCCAAGUGUUCAACAGCCCUUGGAAGAUGGAUCUCUGAAUAAAAAAGAUAAUAGCAUUUCAGAACAUGGAUCAGAUUUAGAAUCAAUUCUUACCCAGAGUGAGGAGGACUGCCAGGCCCAGCAUGCUGAUGAAGCUCCUUCUCUUAUCUCUUUUGAAACAACAGAAAUUCCUUCUCAAAUAGAGGUUAUCAGACAGCCUUCACCUCCACCUGUACUUGCUGAAGUACAAGAUUUGGUUCCUGCAGUGUCACCUCAUGUUAAUGAGGAUGGAUGUAAGACAGAGAUACCAGCAUCGGAUAGUUUUAUUCGUUCUGAGUCUCCUCUGCAACUACACAUUUCAACUGCUAUGAUGGAGAGUUUUAUGAAGCUUGCCAAGUCAAAUACUGACAAAAAUUUGGAGACUUGUGGGAUCCUUGCAGGUUUACUUAAAAACAGAAAGUUUUAUAUUACAGCUCUAAUAAUCCCAAAGCAGGAGUCAACAUCAAGUUCGUGUCAAGCUACAAAUGAAGAGGAAAUAUUUGAAGUACAGGAUAAGCAAUCUCUUUUCCCUCUUGGGUGGAUCCAUACACAUCCUACACAAUCUUGUUUCAUGUCAUCAAUUGAUCUACACACCCAUUACUCAUAUCAGAUUAUGCUGCCAGAAGCUGUUGCAAUAGUUAUGGCACCAACAGACAGUUCAAGAACCCAUGGCAUUUUUCGGUUGACUACUCCUGGUGGCAUGUCGGUCAUUAGACAAUGCCCGCAACGUGGCUUUCAUCCACACAAUCAGCCUCCGGAUGGUGGUCCCAUUUACGAUACAUGUACAGAUGUUUACAUGAACCCAGAUUUAAAAUUUGACGUCAUUGAUCUUCGAUAAUAAAAGUUUGAUGUUUCUCGAUUGAUAAACUAAAAAUCUAGUGAUCGAAAUGUUCAUAUUACCACACUUUUUCAGAUUUAUAGGUUUUACCAUUAAACCAGACAUGGACAUCAUAAUGCAUGUUAUGUCUGGUUGUGUUUGUAAAAAGAUUGCAACUAUUCAGCAAUGGCCUAACCGCAUGGCCAUUAUUCUGUUCUGUAUUGCAUUAGGGAGAUUAGGUCAAAUCCUAAACUUUCUGUGCAGAUAUUUAUGACUGUUACCUUUUUCAUCCAAUAUUAUUUUGGUAUCAAUUUGUAAGUAGCUAGUAGCCCCAAUAUAUGGGUGAGUCAAUAUAGAGCUCCAGCUUUCUAGUGUUGCGGAUGCCUCUCUAUUAAAUUACACUCUUCUUCAGAGAGAUUUCUGAUUAUUAUAUUAUACGCUUU